GUCAAGCAUGAAAGAGAAGAGCAAGAAUGCAGCCAGGAGCAGACGUGAAAAAGAAAAUGCUGAAUUUCUGGAGCUGGCCAAACUUCUACCGCUGCCCUCCGCAAUAACUAGUCAACUGGAUAAGGCAUCAAUCAUCAGACUCACCACCAGCUAUCUCAAGAUGCGACAUUUUUUCCCCGAUGGCCUGGGAGACGCGUGGGGUGCGGCACCGCCCAUCAACAACCCUCGUGAGUGCAUCAAGGAGCUGGGAUCGCACCUUCUCCAGACACUGGACGGCUUCAUCUUUGUUGUGGCACCGGACGGCAAAAUCAUGUACAUCUCAGAGACGGCCUCAGUCCAUCUUGGAUUGUCGCAGGUUGAAUUGACUGGGAAUUCGAUUUACGAAUACAUUCAUCCUGGGGACCACGAAGAGAUGAUCAGCGUGCUCAGCGUUGUCCCAGGUACACCUCCACCACUUACCACAAAUCUUCAUAAUCGCCAAGAGUUUGAAAUAGAGAGGGCGUUUUUCAUAAGGAUGAAAUGCGUGCUGGCGAAGAGAAACGCUGGACUUACCACCGGCGGAUACAAGGUCAUUCACUGUUCCGGCUAUCUGAAAAUAAAACAUUUCACCACGGACGUCCCUCCGUAUGAAGGAUGCUUUCAAAACGUCGGGAUUGUGGCUGUUGGACACUCACUGCCACCCAGCGCCAUCACCGAAAUCAAAAUGCACUCAAACAUGUUCAUGUUCCGGGCUAGCCUUGACCUCAAGCUCAUCUUUCUCGACGCCAGGGUGUCCCAACUCACAGGGUACGAGCCACAAGACUUGAUUGAGAAAACUCUCUACCACUACAUUCACUGCUGCGAUGUUAUGCACAUGCGGUUUUCCCAUAAUACUCUGCUGUUCAAAGGACAAGUUACCACCAAGUACUUCCGUUUUAUGGCGAAAAACGGAGGAUGGGUUUGGAUGCAGAGCUACGCUACUAUCGUGCACAACUCACGUUCAUCGCGGCCCCACUGCAUUGUCAGCGUUAACUACGUCUUAAGUAAUUUCGAGGUGCGCGAGAUGUUGCUGAACGCAGAGCAGCAGACGGGCCAGAACGGAAGCCUUGUGGCAGUAGGCGGCGUCGGCGUGGCUUCCAAAGAGGAUCUGCUGGACAGUCGGCAAAGCAGUGAGGCUUCGCUGCCGCGCGGCCGCCGCACCUCAAACGGCCAGCACAAGGUGCGCGUUCCCGUGGCCGCUCCGCCGGCGCCGCCGUUGGUCAUGGGCAGCCUCAUUGAAGACGAAUUCAGUGACUCAAGCGGUGCCACUUACCACGAGUUCGCAGCCAGCGCCGCGCCUUUCAACUCUUACAGCUCUGACGAGUCAGCCUUCAUCGGCUCGUAUGACUUUGCACAACAGCACUCGCAGCCGCAGCAGCAGCACCACCAGCACCCUCACCACGUUCACCAAACACCAUAUGAGAUGGCACCCUACGAAACGCAGACCUUCAUCCACAACUCACCGAGCACAAGCUCUAGUCCGUGCAGCACGUCUGACUCGGAGGUGGACGGUGGAGGCCACAAACACCACCACCACCACAGCAAGCAGCACGAGUUCUUCCACAUGGACGCCUACCUGCCACCUCCUGAACUUAUCUCGCCCUGCAUGAAAGAGACUCUCAUGUACACCAACCAGCCCAAGAAGGCCCCCGAAUGCCCUGACCUGCCAGGCUACACCAGCGUAAUCGUGGAGACGCCACCACCGCCACCGCCGCAGCAGCAGCAACAACAGCAGCAGCAGCAGCAGCACUUCAUUUCCGACCAUUACGUGCAUUGAUAAAGCCGAAUAGAACUAAGCAUAUUUUAAUUUUAAUUUUUUGGUCGGUUAGUUCGAUCUGUAAAAAUUGCUUUAUAUUUCCCAGGUAACUUUCGCAUUUCAAUUAUUGCUGGACGCUUUGUCUUCAAAUCUGUCCCUAGAGCGGUCAAGUUCACGAAUACAUAAUUUAAAUGACACAAUUGAUGGACCAAGUCUGGUUAAAGGAGUUCCCUGAACAAUAUUAAAGAUUGUAUAAUAUACAUUUAAUUCAGGGAAAACGAUUUCUCCGAGGAAGAAACAAGGACAUUUUAAAUAAUACCCAUAUUUAAUGUUUUAAGUAAAUUUAUUUAAUAUUAUUUAAAUUAUUGUUUCAUAAACGUUCAAUUUUACAAAGAAUUUGAAAUUCCUUCAGAGGAUUUUAUCAAUAUCAUUACCACUAAAACAUGAGAUACGUAUCAACUGAUAUUCAGGAGAAAUGUAUGAUAAAAUGAUGUAAGAUGUGGGUUCUAGAGAUAUCAUUGGCGAAACUACGACUGUGUAAUGAACUUAAUUAUUUAAUACCAUUUUUUACAAAGAAUCGCAUUUUUCAUAAAGUUGGAAUUUGAGACUGAAAACGAUUUAUUUAUAAUGAAAGGAAUGGAGCGGAUCAUCAUGUAAUUAAUGUAUAAUAAUUUCAUCAGCUAUUUUGUAUGUAUUGUAAAUUGUCAUUCAGCAGUUCGAGGUCGAUUGGACAUUUUUUGGCGUUCCAAUUUUUAGUUGACUCUUAUAUUUGCUUAAAUAACUUGCUAUUGGAUGGUGGAAUUCCAAGUUUAAACCUUUAAACGCAGUCCACUUUACAUUCACGAAUUUUGAUUUUCGGGGAUGUUUUGAGAUAAUAUGAAAAAUCCAUCUCCAUCUGUUAACAAGUAUACAGCAAAUACAAGUGUUACCUAAAAAUGUUAACGCCGAAUUAUCCCGUUAAAUCGACCUCCAAAUAUUCCUGGGAACUGCUCUAUUUAUAAAUGUCAAUGUUUUACUAUAAGCAAAAUCAGUAAAAUAAAAUCCAUAGUAGAAAACUAGAAAA